AUGACAGUCGUGCACCUUAGGGGACUGGUUUUUCCUCCGUCUGAAGAUGAUUUCCUGUCCUCUUGGUGGAAAAGAUUACCCCAAGUAGAAAGGUCGGUUCGGUUGAAUCAUAACUUAAUUAUGGAUUUCGCUGAAGAACUUAAUUUUUCAGGCUUACCCCGCCAAAACUCCGGCCAUGGAGGAGGAGGUCAUAUGACAAUGGGGUUGGUUUUUGGUGGUUGGUCAGGUGGUUCCAGUGCAUUGACUACCAUCAAGAAAGCUAAUUUCAGAACAUGGAUCAGCAAUGCUAGGAAUGCUAUUGUGAUCAUGUGUGUUAUACUGUUUCUCUAA